AUCUAUAUCGACGUUAUGGAACUCAUAGAUAAAUGUUGUGUAUUGUGAUAUCAAGUGAUAAAAGUGAUAACAAUUAAGCGAAUGGGCCUUUUAAUACGUUAAUGAAGUGAAUUAUAAUUUUUAUAUUAUAAUGGUUUCAAUCUAAAAUGGAGAGAAAAUUGACUCGUGAGGACUUCAUGCGGAAAAGUUUUCGCGCACCUCGGGUGUCUCCAGCUCCUGACUCACCGACUGCGACCGUGAACGGUGCGCCACCACCUUCCCCGGUGUCCUUAGCGAUGUUGGAACGAACUUCCCAAACACCACGCACCGAAUACGAACUGACUUCUUCAGGCAUUGCUCCUAAACGCUUAGAACUAAAUAGAGCUCAUCCAAUACAUCUAAAAUCGUUCCAAGCGACCGAUCCACCCGAAGACAAUGGCCCAACACCUCCGUCAGACGAUGUUUUACGUAAAUUGGAAAGGCAAAUCGGCGAAAUGGAACGUGGCCUUGAAAGAGCUCAGAAUGGUACCGUUCAAGUCGAUGAGCGAGUGAGGUACGCGGAACACGAAAAUCUUUUACGUACCGGAGUAUCUUCAGUGGGCGGUGGGGGGUACUUGCCAGCGGAUUCGGACACGGAACACGAUGUGGUACCGUUUAAUAGAAACGAAAGUACAAGAAGUAGCACGGGAGCCGCGGCCCCUGCUACUAGACCAUCUACUCGAUUAUCCCGAACGAACUCCGAUACGCAGCAGCAUACGGUCGCUGUCACCGCUCGUUUGAUGAGGAAGCUAGCAGAUGGGGGUACCAAGGAUGAGAAGACGAAAGUGAUAUCGAGGAAAGCGAUACAGGCUAGGAUGGAAAGGGUGAAAAACUCUGUAGUUGGAACGAAGCAUGAGCACAGAGUGUUGGCAGAACACAGGGCGGAACCUGCGUCCCCAAAAAGCCCCACGUCGCCUGUCUCGACGCGCUCUUCAGUACAGAGCGCGUCGGAGACUUCGGCUGGUGCGGGUGGCGGCGGCUCGUCCGGCGGCAGCGCCAGGGUCUCGUCGAGGUCUAGGGCCUCUGAAGAGCCGCAUAUUGGCAAGUACAAACUCCUGAAAACGAUCGGAAAGGGUAACUUCGCGAAGGUGAAGUUGGCGAAACAUGUGCCGACCGGCAAGGAGGUCGCGAUUAAGAUCAUCGACAAGACGCAACUGAACCCGGGCUCUCUGCAGAAACUGUUCAGAGAGGUUCGUAUAAUGAAAAUGUUGGACCACCCGAACAUCGUGAAGCUGUUCCAAGUGAUCGAGACGGAGAAGACACUGUAUCUCGUCAUGGAGUACGCGUCUGGUGGCGAGGUGUUCGACUAUCUGGUGCUACACGGUCGCAUGAAGGAGAAGGAGGCUCGUGCGAAGUUCCGACAAAUAGUGUCCGCUGUUCAGUACUGCCAUCAGAAACGGAUCAUACACAGAGAUCUCAAGGCUGAAAAUCUUCUCCUGGACGGCGAAAUGAACAUCAAGAUAGCGGAUUUUGGAUUCUCAAACGAAUUCACUCCCGGUGCGAAGUUGGAUACUUUCUGUGGGUCACCGCCUUACGCUGCCCCUGAAUUGUUUCAAGGUAAGAAAUACGAUGGACCGGAAGUCGACGUGUGGUCGCUGGGCGUGAUCCUGUAUACUUUAGUAUCUGGAUCGCUGCCCUUCGACGGAUCGACGCUACGGGAGCUGAGGGAAAGAGUGCUACGUGGGAAAUAUAGAAUACCGUUCUACAUGUCGACCGACUGCGAACAUCUCCUCAAGAAGUUCCUGGUGCUGAACCCGGCGAAGCGAGCCUCGCUCGAGAGCAUCAUGCGCGACAAGUGGAUGAACAUGGGCUACGAGGAGGACGAACUUCGACCCUACGUCGAGCCGCAGCAGGACUUCAAGGACCACAAGCGGAUAGAGGCGCUCGUGUGCCUUGGAUAUAAUCGACAAGAGAUCGAGUAUUCGCUAGCCGAGGCGAAGUACGACGACGUAUUCGCAACCUACUUGUUACUCGGCAGGAAGAGCACUGACCCGGAGUCGGACGGCAGCCGGUCGGGCUCGUCGCUGUCGCUGCGCAACGCGGCCGCGCCCGCCGCGCCGCCCGCCGCGCCGCCCGCCGCGCACGGCGCGUCGCCGUCGCACCGCGGCGUGCAGCGCAGCAGCUCGGCCAGCGCGCGCCCCGCCGCGUGCCGCCGCGCCUCGUCCGGCGCCGCAGUGGGUACGACAACUAGCGCCGCGAAUAAUACGACGUCCACGUCAACAACCACAACGUCCAAUUUCAAAAGACAGAACACAAUCGAUUCGGCAUCUAUUAAGGAAAAUACCGCGCGGAUCGCACAGAUGCAGGUACAAAAUACAACGCGACCGACGAGUGCUCAACCCAAAUUAGAGCCCCGAUCCCGUACACUAACUAGCGGCGCACGACGAACCGAAACGCACCAGACGUCGCACCAAACGUCGCACCAGACAUCGCACCAAACGUCGCACCAGACCGCCCCCAAGCAGUCGCCGCCUCACGACACGCCGAGCCUGAACGCGUCGCUGUCGGCGGCGGGCGGCGCGGCGGGCGGGCGGCGCGAGUUCCCCAACCCGUCCGUCGUGUUCCCGCGGAACGUGCCGUCGCGGUCCACCUUCCACUCAGGUCAGACGCGGUCGCGCGGUGGUAGCGCCGGCGGCGCGUACGGCGACAGCGGCUCCCCGCACCAGCCGAGGACAUCCUUCUUCUCCAAGCUCUCCUCGCGCUUCUCCAAGCGGUUGAAUCAAAAUCCAUGAGGCUCCGCCGACGUCCGUGAAACGGAGAAGACAAUUUUUUAUUAUAUUAUAAGCUAAUCUAUAGAAAAAUAUGUGCAAAAUUGUUGCGCUUAAUUUAUGAGUUUUGUAUGAGGUUUUAUAUUAUAUGUCGAUUCAUUUAUUUCACUCAGCGUAUUGCGUAAUCACAUCUAAGACAGAUACACAGCUAAGCCCAGUGUGUAUGAAAUAUUUUAAAAAUCAAUAAUUUCUUUUAAUAUAUUGAAAAACAACCCAUAUUUUACGUAUAAAAAAUUGUGUUUUUUUUCUUCACAUUUGCUUCACUAAUAUAAAGUAUAUUUGUAUACGCUGAGUAAAUAGAUUGAUAAUUGUAUUCUUUGCGAAUGUGUUAACAGUUGUCUUUGUUCACUUCGUUAGAUAUUGUAAGGUAUCCUUAACGAGCUAAUCGAGUUUUGCUUAUAUCGUAUUAAUAUUUGUUUUAUAUCGCGGCGACAUUUCCGAUUGCAUGUUGUCAUAUUCAAAUAAAUAUAAUGGGGACAUAAAAAAUAGGAUACACGUUUCGAAAAAGCAAAUCAUAAAUUUAUUGUUAGAUUCUAAAAACGUUUUAAAAUACGUUUUUUUUAUGAUCUAAAGAAACAUAGCCGACAUUGCUUAAUAGUUAGAACGAGUAAAUUUUAACUUCGUGCUCACGUGCUCGGCGAUGAAGGAAAAUAUCGUAAGGAAACCUGCAUUUUUCGGAUAAAAAUUCUGCCAAAUGUGUCCACCAACUAACAUUGGUGCAGUUUCUAACUUUCUCGAGUAGGUUUUGGCAUAGAGAUGGGACACUUAUAACCUUUUAUUUUGCAUAAAAAAAAAUAAAAAAUAUAUAUUUCGUUUAUAAAAUGUUUUUUUAGAUUUUAAUUUGAACAGUUUUUUUCAUACAUGUGAUACAUAUUAUAUGUAAUGAAAUUAUAUACUCGUAGUAAUUGCAUAGCGUUAUUUGAAUGGGACAACAUGUAAUGGAAACCUAGUCCCGUCGCGUGUCGCAUUUCAUCGUAGCUUAAGUGAAUACAGUUCUAUUGUCGAACGAAUUUUGUACAUUCCAGGGUUAUCAAGGACAUUGGGCCUUCGAAUCGAUUGUGUUCUGUAGAAAUUGUACAAGAAUUUAAAAAAAAAAUAACAUAAAUUUAAAUAUAGAAUACAGUCUUACGGGGUCCCAUUUAGCACAAAUAUAUAUAUUUUUUUUCUUUGAAAUUUUCGUAUUAUUAUCAUUACGUUUCGGACUCGAUCUAUAUAGAAUAUGACGACUGAGAAAUUAUUUUGUAUAUUUGUAAUAUUAUAUUAUACAAAUUAAGACGUUACAAUUCAAUAUUUUACUUUGUAUGUGAGCCGUUUUAGGAUAUAGAGACUCGGAAUAAUAUACGUAGAGGCUAUGAGAUGGAUUAUACUGAUUAAUGAAUAAAUAAAGGGGGGAGGGGGGGUUGAAAAGAUUACUUGCAUUCGAUAUUGUGGAUGCGAUAUCGAACUUCGCCAUAAGUCUAUAUAAUAUAUUGUUGAACACUAGAUAAAUUAAAUACAUAUGUCAUUAUAAUAAUUGUCGUCUGUAAUCAGCUAUGUGAUUUUGUACUGGCCUGGAGCCGAUCGCAUGAGCCCAAACGUGCGAUUAUGGUGCUUUUUUAGCUGAACACAAUCUCUAAGCUAUAUUUAUUUGACAGGAUCGAAAUAUUUGCUAUCUUUUAUAACUUUAAACACGAAAAAGAGAUAGCAGGAAUUUUAAUAAUAUGAUAAAUUUAAUUGCAUUCAUCAAGAAUGUCGAAUUUUCGAGUAUUUCAUCGUACAAAAUAUUAAAAGUGAGUUUUAAAGUGCCGGCCGCAUGCGAACCUUGUAUAAGAAAAUUGUUUCAUAUCAAAACAUUACCAGUAUAAUUCAAAAUAUAUAAAUUAACUUAAAAAAAAAACGGUUCACAUAUAUAAGUAUUUAGUAUAUAAAAGAGUGAGUGAGAUAACAGUAAAUAGUGUUAAUCGUUAGUAUAUAACUGUGGCCCAUCCCUAACGUUGGUACAAAUACUCAGUAGAUAUUACCGUGUAGGAAUGCGUUAGGCAGCUAUAGAAUAUGACGUUGAAAAAACACUGUCCAAAAUAUUUCGCUACACUUAAAACGACUUGUUUUAUUUUUUCAUAAGUACUUUUAAGUUUUUCUUUAAUUUCCCGUUUCGUUUGAAAUACGGUUCUUCCCCUUGAAACACGUUUAUUUAUAACUAUUUCAUUGGCUAUAAGGAUAUAUAGAAGACAAUUCUUUGUUGGGGCUGACAUUUGCUAGUAAAUUAUAUUGAUAUAUUGAAGAAGGUUCUAUGUAGGUAAAAAAAAUAUAUUGCAUUUUUUUUUGUAAAGGUAAAAAAUUUUAAAAUGGUUCAGAAAGAGUAUUUACCCAUUUGGUUGCAAAGAAUUAUAGUUUCAAUCAUAUCGUAUCAAUCUGUAUAUACAGAAUGUUUUACUUAUAUUAAGAUUAUAUAAAACAAAAAAAAAUCAUCAGUUUUAUAGUGAAAUUGAACUCACAAAUUUCUGUAAAUCAGAAUUUUGAAUCAGA